UAGUGCAUGACGGCCUCAUCUUCGGCUAAAGAGCAAACCGACAUCAGCUGAGUUUGCAUGAAGUGCCAUCCUUGUAGCUAAACAAAUAGGAAUUUAUCAUCACGUAAAAUUCAAGAUUAGCAUUUUACAACGGUACAGCUUGUAAAACCACUGAAACAACUGACGCAAUCUGCCCAGAAACGCGUUAGAGGAGAAAUAACAUUGCAUCAAAAACCCGGCUAACAAAGAGGAUCUCUUUCAACGACAACAUUUUUCCUCCGUAUUCAAUAGUUAUGAGUCAUGUGGCCGUCGAAAAUGUCCACGGUCUAGAGCAGCAGCUUGCUGUCCUAGACUUGAGUGGGGCAGACGGACAAGGUGGAGGCCCUAACCGAAAUGCCUUCGCUGCCCAGCGACCGGGGGGAUACACCAUAGCGCCGCCUGCAACAUAUGGCUGGGAUGCGGGUCGCAACAACUUUGUGAACGGCUACCAUGACAACCGCAUGGCGGGCGCCAACACGUUUCAACACCGAGGUCCGCCUCGCAUGGAGCGGGGCCGCGGUGGCAUCGGAGGGGGUUACCGUGGCAACAGGGGCGGAGCCUUCAACCCCAUCAUCCCCGCGGUGCAACCAAUGGCGUUCGCCGGCUACGAAAACAAAGAUGCAGGUGGCUGGAACACGCCCAAGGAAACUUACGGCAAUUUUGGCAACAACCGAGGGAAGUCUGCCUUCUUCAAUCACACAGGAAACGCCAACAGAGGAAGGUUUGAUCACGGUGGAUUCAGUGGUGGUGGAGGAGGAGGAGGAGGAGGUGGUGGAGGAGGUGGUGGUGGAGGAGGAGGAGGAGGUGGAGGAGGAAACAGCCGCUGGGUGGAGGAGCCCAGAGAGGAUGGAGACUGGGCCAAACCAACGGCACGAAAUGAACGCCUGGAAAGUGAGUUGUUCUCCGGCGGUAACACUGGGAUCAACUUUGAAAAAUACGAUGACAUUCCUGUUGAGGCCACGGGACAGAACUGCCCUCACCACAUCGAGAGUUUCCAGGAUGUGGACAUGGGGGAGAUCGUCAUGGCGAACAUCGCUCUCUGUCGCUACACCAGACCCACACCUGUCCAGAAAUAUGCCAUUCCUAUUGUCAAGUCGAAGCGGGACUGCAUGGCCUGCGCUCAGACAGGUUCUGGAAAAACUGCAGCUUUCCUGCUGCCGAUUCUCAGCCAGAUCUUCAGCGAAGGACCAGGAGAAGCUCUGAACGCAGCUAAAGCAUCUGGACAGGACAAUGGAAAGUAUGGCCGUCGUAAGCACUUCCCCAUGUCACUGAUUUUGGCUCCGACCAGAGAACUGGCUCUGCAGAUAUACGACGAAGCCAGGAAGUUCUCCUACCGCUCGAGAGUGCGUCCCUGUGUUGUGUACGGAGGCGCAGACAUUGGUCAGCAGAUCAGAGAUCUGGAGCGAGGCUGUCACAUGCUGGUCGCUACGCCUGGUCGACUGGUGGAUAUGAUGGAGAGAGGCAAGAUCGGACUGGACUACUGCAACUACCUGGUCCUGGACGAGGCAGAUCGUAUGUUGGACAUGGGAUUCGAACCCCAGAUCAGACGCAUCGUUGAGCAGGACACCAUGCCGCACAAAGGCAUCCGACAAACCAUGAUGUUCAGCGCCACCUUCCCUAAAGAGAUCCAGAUCCUUGCCAGGGACUUCCUGGAGGAGUACAUCUUCCUGGCGGUGGGCCGAGUGGGCUCCACCUCGGAGAACAUCACCCAGAAAGUAGUGUGGGUGGAGGAGAGCGACAAGAGGUCUUUCCUCCUGGAUCUGCUCAGUGCUACAGUCAUCCCCAGCGAGGUACAGGACAAUACUGGAGACAACAUAGAGAAACCUGGUAAGGACUCGUUGACCCUGGUGUUCGUGGAGACCAAGAAAGGUGCCGACGCUCUGGAGGACUUCCUCUAUCGGGAGGGGUACGCCUGCACCAGUAUCCAUGGCGACCGUUCCCAGAGGGACCGAGAGGAGGCGCUGAGUCAGUUCAGAUCUGGAAAAUGCCCCAUCCUGGUGGCCACAGCGGUGGCAGCUCGUGGUCUGGACAUCUCCAAUGUGAAACAUGUGAUUAACUUUGAUCUGCCCAGCGACAUCGAGGAGUACGUUCACCGUAUCGGACGUACAGGACGAGUGGGAAACCUCGGAUUGGCCACAUCGUUCUUCAAUGAUAAAAAUGGGAACAUCACCAAGGACCUGCUGGACAUCCUGGUGGAGGCGAAACAGGAAGUGCCCUCAUGGCUGGAGAGCCUGGCGUAUGAACAUCAGCAUAAGACCAACACCAGAGGACGCUCUAAGAGGUUCUCCGGUGGUUUUGGAGCUCGUGAUUACCGUCAGACGGCAGCCGGAGGCACCGCCGGAGGGUUUGGAGGACGUGGAGGACGCAACCAGGCCGGACACGGAGGAAACCGCGGGUUCGGAGGAGCUGGUUUUGGAAACUUCUACACGAGUGAUGGCUACGGAGGAAACUACUCGCACCCUCAAGUGGACUGGUGGGGCAACUAGGUUCCUCCUUAACUCAUCCCCCCUUCCUUCCUUUCUCCACUCCACUGUCUGCACCCCAUCCGUCUCCUCCCCCUCAUUUACCUUAAAGAAAAACCACGUGCAUGUUAUUAAACUAUUUAUACUCAUUUAUAUAGCCCUCCUUCCACCCGUAUACACUCAGAUCUUUUAAUUAUUUUCCUUUUAUCCUCCUUUCCAUCUCCACUUUAGGGUCCCUCGUCUUUGGUAACCCUCUUACAAUAGGCCACAGUAUAAAGGGAACUUCAAUUUGAGUUGGUUAUUCUUCAGCUUAGCAGCACCCUUUUGUUUUCCGUGAGGACUGUUUGAACAAUGUUGGCAAUUUCUCAAAGAAAAAUAACCAAUUGAAUUAUAUGUUGGCGUUCCUUUAACCCCUGGAAGAUUUUAGAUUUACAGUCCCACAAAGCAGCUGCAGGGUUUCACUUUUGGCUUCAUUGUGUUUUUGUCUGCAUCACCCAAAGCCAGCCAGGCAUCCUGUGUACCUUCACAUGUCAUCUUUGUAUGUAACGCAUGGCCAUGUUGUAAAUCACCGGCCAAACACUUUUCUAAAACAUAGCGCAGAGAUGGGCAAGAUGUCAAAUCUGAGCAAAAUAUGUCUGCAUAUAAAUUCCAAAAUGGGAUCUGUCUCCUUCCUUGACAUGAUAGAUACUUAAACGCAGCCACAGAAACAGAAACAAGUUUUUUAUUUUCACCUUUUUAAAACAUAUUGAAGUCUUGAGUUCCAGAGAUCUGAGAAAGAUGUCUAACAGACUGAAGGUACUGCGGCUGGACUCUGAAAAGCCCAUUAGCAACGAUGCUAACAGUCUCCGGACUGCUAACGGCGUCUCUUUUUGUUUGAAGGGGAUUAUUUGUUUCUGUACUGUGCCUUUUAAACAAUUGUCUCUUAUUUCCGUUGUUUUAAUUGCCAUAAGUGGCUACAAGUAUUGGCCAACUGUAACUAAAAGAAAUGUGUAUUUAAUGUCAUGUAUGGGUUUAAACAUGUUUUUCUUUAUUUAUAUUUGGAAGGAAACAAACUAGGCUUGAACUAAAUCAAACCUUGGCAACAAAAUAAAUCUAAAACUGCGAUGAGGAAACUCAAAGCAAUUCCUUAUCUAUUUAUUGGAGCUCAAAUUCACGAGAAUGAGCUCCCAAACACAUAUAACCACUAAACCAUAUUUCUGGAUUAUUUUGAUAUACCCUCAUCCAGAGUGACUCAAGAAGACAUUUAAAGAAACGACUUCUUUGCUUCACCAGCCAGAAAGCAGAGUGGUUUUAUGCUUUUGGGAGUCGUACUAACGGAGCGAUUUGUCACAGCUCUGGUUUGAGCUUGAGUUUCUCAAAGGCAUCUUGUCACUAAUUGCUGGGUCACAUUAAAGCAGCUGUCAUUUUCUUACUAUUCACACACAUGUAGAUCUUUAUAACCUACUGAAAAGUUUUAAAAUGUGAGGUCAAACUUCACUUUCUAACCUUCUAUUGUAAGAUAAACAUGGCAUACUCUUUUAGCACCUUGCAUGGACAUUGUCAGUACUGCAUUUAAAGGAAAUGAAACAUGGCUGCUGCUGCUGCUGCUGAAAAAACAAAAUGACUCUUAGUGCCUCGUUGCUUUUGAGAAUCGUGCUCCGCUUUCCACCACAAACAUUUAAAACCCUUGUCUGCCAAAAGCUUCUUUCAAGGGGGAUACACAACUUUAAAAAAAAAAGGCUUAAAGAGUUCAAAAUGUUCUCGCUCACUCUAUCCUGGAGAGUUACAUGAAGAGUCUUCUCUAAAAUAAGUCAUUCCAGUUUCUUUGUUCGGUCUUUAGGGUAAAAGUAAAAGGAUAUAACCGAACCGUUUCACAGCAGGGGCAGACGGGGCUUUCCAGGGGAGAUAAUGCCACACUAGCCCGUUAGCUUCUACCUACGAUUUGCAUCCACUUGUGUUCUUACUGUUGAUUCAGCAGAUGCAUCUUUCUGCUAUGCUACUUCACGACAGAACUAAUUAUUGUUGUGAUGCAUUCAAGGCCCACGGUUAGCCCUGUUCGUCUCAGCUGUGUUUUUAGUCCCUGAUUGAACUUCUAAAAGGAACUCCGCUGUAAAUAUAGACGACUCAGCGGUUUCCGAUCCCCUCCCUUUUGUUAAUAAGCAGCAGAAUAAGCCAAAAAAAAAAAGCCCUGUUGCUACCUGGUGGGGAAAACGUUCAUCAGGGUCUUAAUUUGUUUACAUGAGCAACUUAAGCGAAGUGAAAAUAGAUUAAAUGUAAAUAGUACAACUCUUCUUGAAACAGAAAAGAGAAGAAUCUCCAGUGAAGAAGAAUGUGAAUUACAAGUGAAACUCGCUUGUUGUGUAGAAAAAUCACGUUUGAUCACUCAACGUUUGAACCGCAGCGGUCUGGUGAGCUUAGCUCGGUGGGCAAUUUGAACCGCACAUUUAUUCUUUGGAGAUAUUUAAUUUACGGUGAACACAAAACCAACUAAUUGGAAAUUGAAAAACAAGCUAACGCUCACGAGGCAGACUCUCUCAAAUUGCCCACUGGCUUUGACUAAUGACAAAGCUGGACCAGGACAAAAAAACAUAUGCAAGUGUUGUUGUUUUUUGGUCAAGGAGGUAAAAAAAAUGCCAAGCAAAUAGAAACAAUUCUACAGCAGGCUUUAGUUAUGUUAAAACUCUUGAUUUUUUUCUUGUCAGCUAUCAUUUUAAGACCAAUUUUUAAUCGUAGGUCGUGUUCAUGUCAAGCUAUUUCCCUGGAGUGCGGUUAGUGAGGAGCUUAGGGAAACUAGUUGGCUUUAACAUUGUUUUGUGAAGGCUGAGUAAUGCUGGAGGAUUCAUGCAGACAGCAGGUCACAUAUACAAACUAGAUUAUUGUUUCUCGAUGUAUAGACACCAGGUUCUCGUGUCAGACUUUGAGUUUGGUGAUUUCUCACUAAACCAGUUUUGUAUUCUAGUGUUUCAAAUGAGGGGCCAGUUUAAUGGGAUGCUACGUUGAAGGAAAGUUGUCAUAGGACGCAAUGUUAGAAACAAAAAUGAAACUCCACCAUGUCCAACAGAAAGGAACCAAAUACAGAAAUGAGUUUGCAUUAUCGUUUUAACUUCAUGAGGUUUAUUGUCUUUGCAGCACAGAGCGUUGUGUUGUCGCUAUUGUUCAAAUUGAGUCCAAACUACUAUGAUUCCCAGUAGAAACAGCGGUUGAAUUGUUGAUCUAACGGUGUUUGACGCGUCCCACCCGUUAUCCAAUCAGAGCAUUUGUCUGUGGGCAUGAUAUGGAUACCACAGUUUGAUUUGCCUGCAGCAAUGGUUGAUAGCCGCCAUCCUAGAGAGAGCCGUCAAUAUAAUAUAUAUAACCAGCAUGAAGAUUAAAAUAUCAGAAACGGGACAAUAAGUUGACAUUGCAAAUGACAAUCAAUAUGAAGCAUUUGCUAAGUUUAAAACUCACUUUUUUACACGUUAAUUCUUUAAGUUGCACUUUUUUUUAUAUUCUUAAGGACACCUUUACAUGUUUUCUUAACCAGCUUUUUUGAUGAUAGUUGUUUCAAAACUGUCAAAUCUUAACAUCCAACUCGUGUCCUCAGUGGUCAGGAUGCCAAACUGAAGCGUAUUACCUUACAGUUUAAACACUUUUGGUACAAAAUCCACCUUUUACAUAUUGACUGAAUAACAGUUUUAAUGCCUGACUGAAUUGUUCCCCACUUCCUGUGUGAGAGUCAGAUGUGUUACUUGAAUCCAUGGCUGUUGCCAACCAGAAACUUAGUAUGCAGCUAGUGCAGUCUUUGUGUUUGAGUAAUAACGUUGAGGAUGCUAAUCGCUGUUCCUGCUGCCGAGUUCAAAGGCAAACCUUUUUAAAGAACGACGUACAGUGAGGAAUCUGUUGGGUGUGUAGACAUUGCUGUGCCUUCUAGCAGCCACUAGGGGGCAGAUAGCGAUACUGAUGCUAGAAAUACAAUGUAAGAUAUGAGCUAAUGUUGUGAGUUGCACAGCAGGGAGCGUGGAAGGUAACACUUCAGUUUACCUCACUUUUCAUCGUGUUUGUAGAGCGGUCAUGUCAAGUCGUGUUGUUCGGAUUACGCAAAUAUAUAUGCAAUGUAUUUAGGUCUUUUUCUAGCACGGAUAGAUGAUAUCUGUUGGCUGUAUUUACCAUUAAACUGUGCUGGAGUUACUACCACUGUGCCCCCAAACCCCCCCCCCGUCCCACCUCGUUAGAACGCCCCUGAACUUCUGCAGUGAGUGCAACGCAGUUCGUUUACUUGCUUUCACCUCGCUGUCACUGAGGUUCUCUGAAUGAGCCGCUUUCUGUGUGCGCGCGAUGUUCAGAUUAGAGCAGAAGCUGGCCGUAGGAAAGUCUGAAGUCUGACAUGUGCGCGGUGCCUUGAAGUGGCUAAAAACUGAAAAGUGUUAGCUUAGGGCUGGGUAUUUUUUCAAUGUCAGAUGAAGAAUCCAUACUAUUUAUUUUAUACUAAAAAUGCAGAAACGGAUGCAGUACGGGAAAGUCGGCGCACUCAUUCGCUCUCUAGUGGACAUUGUUAAGCAUAGCAGUUCAAGAUAAUAAAACACAUUUCCUUCAGAUCAUUUAAUUAUCCUAUAGUUUGAUACCCUUCAAAACGAAUACCAACAAAAUCAUGUGUGCUUUGUCUUAUUAGCAUUAACUAGCGUCCGAAACAAAGAUGGCAACCAAGUAAAAGCUGCUUACAUCGUCAUUGUGAGCCGGUUAGCAUGCUGGUGUUAGCAUUUAGCUGUUACUCUAUAUAGUAUAUCUGUUGUUGCCACUCGGUAGUGUUUGAGGUGGCAUCCUGUGAAUACAUCCAUCCCCUGUACAGUAAAAAAGCCCAAAUGUAACAUUUGCUUUGACCACCAGCUUUACUAAUCAAAAAGUGAUUUCCUCUGAGAGAAAAAGUCGUCAUUUAGAACAAGUCAGCACUUUAGUUUUUGAAUAUUUUAAAAACCUUUUUUGAUGCCUUAAAUUUACCCCGGCGAUACCCAGCCCUAAAGGAGCGGAUAGUGGAGUUUGUUACACUGUAUACAGCGUUAUACUGACCUUUUUUCCAGCAGGAGUACUUUCUAUUGUCGCCGAACAAUUAAUGGUGCUACGCUCCCAUUGCUGCGGCCUGAAGGCCCCUCUGUUGUAGGAACCCCAUCGAGUUAUAGAAAAUACUUCAGUUACUCAGAUUAGUGUUGAAGUCUUCUGUCGUCCCUCCAAAACCUCAGAGAGGUGCGAGGGGCGAGUGAGUGUAGCGCAGACAGGUGUCCAAAAGAGAGGUUGCUCCACAGUUUAGUGUGUGUGUGUGUGUGUGAGAGAGCGUGUGUGUGUGAGUGUGUGUGUGUGUGUGAUUUACGGAAAGGUUCUUCCAGAUAUGAAACUGUUUUUUUUUUUUGGGACCAGGUGGAGUUGUAGUUGACAGCAACCGUAGGAAUCAGCUGUUUGCACACAGAGUUCUCGAGUCUACUUUCGCUGCUAGUUUGUGUAAUUUAUCAAGCAUUUCUGAGAAAUAUUUAUUUUUAUAAGCCUAAUACAAAAGUUGAUAUUUUACAAAGUGACUUGACCAAAAGACAGUAAACAAAAACACUGGCACUUGAAUGUUGAAUGUCAUUGGUAUGAGUGAAAAUUUCUAUUUUUCUGGGGUAGUGUGAGCUUUUUAAAUGUUAAAGAUGCAACGUGUAGGAGUUUCUCUUUUAAAUAUGUCAGCGCAAAAACUGUCACUGGUGCCAAAUCCCAAAACACCAAUAGCGUGCGCAUCUUUUCGUCUUCAACCAAACUGCUUUAUUUUAAUACAGGUGUGCUGAAAUGAGGUGGCAGUACUUCCUCAUAUUCCUCAGUAACUUUUGAAAGUCGUACCCAGCUUGUAGCCACAACCCUUUUCUGUUAAUUGCACCGAUACGUGAAGAUGUGCACGUGGAGCCGCUGACAGUCUCACUACAGUUGAUGUGACAUAUUUAGAGAAGCGUCCUGCACGGGUUACCUUUAAAGUCUCAUUGGACUCAGUAUCAGAUCCAUAAAAACCUGUUUGUGCGACAGGCUCCAUUGCCAAUAAUGAUAACCAAACAUAAACAGCCAUUUUCUUUUAAUUGGCAAACAAAAUUUGAGACAAUACCACCAUAUAUGCCAAGGUUUGGAUUAAAAUAAAUAAAACAAUUAACAAAACGUUACGAUCAAAGACCAUUUUGUAGAAAAAAAAACAUGCAGUACAAAAAACAAGUGUCCAGAUUCUCUCCAAGUCAGAUGUUGAUUUUAUUUGUGUUUUUUUUUUUUUCGUUCAUUUGAGUCUUUACACUUUUCCUUCCCGUAAAUACCCUUGUUGUGAGUGUCUGGCAAGUGGUGAUCUUUAAAAGUCUUCAUAACACAGAAUUAACUGUGGUUCUAUUGCUAUGUUGUGAUUUGCAUAUUUUCAGGCGUCUGUGUGUUGAUGCUCAUAUGGGGGGGAGCUUCUGGCCAAUCAGAAAUGGGUAAAAGAUGGGGUCAUUUACACAUCAUGACUCUUCAAACACAUCUUAAAUGAGAAGAAGACCCUCUGCACCAUGCAAUGGGACCCAAAGAAAGCACCUUUUUUAUGCACAAUAACGUUGGGCUUUCGUGGAAACAAAUGCAACACUGUGCCGCUCCAUUUCCCUUUCAGUUCAAUGUAGAGGGUUAUUACAGGAAAUAAAAGUGUGUAGUUGUAUUUAGGAAUGAUUGCUGUUUUAGUGACUGAAUUGAAAGGAGAUGUAGAGCUCAGUGUUGUUAAUAUUUCUGACUGGCCAGACCCUCGAUGUGGACUCAGCACCCCCGGCCUGCUAGUUAGUAUUUGCUUUAUGUAUUAGUUUAGCAGUUGUGCACGAAGAGGAGCACUGCACGAAGAGAAAAAAUAAUUGUGCAUCUAUUCUGAUUUUACCACAAAUAAAGGUUUGGAUUUGCAAAUGUAAA